AUGUCCGAAACAAUUGCCGAACCUUCCUUAGCCCAACAAUCUUGUGAAGACUGCACUCCAGUCAUAUUCAUCCUCGGUUUCCUCAACAGCAAGGAGGAGCAUUUUGCCCCGUUGAAAGAUUACUAUUCCCAAUUUACGUAGGUUUCAACCUAUGCUCAUAAGCCGAUUCAUACCACUAAACCAAGUAUUAGAUAUACGAAAGUUAUGAAUUUCCAGGCCAGACAUCGUAACCCAUGUUCCUCGGAUGUAUGAUCAACAUUUUUGGAUGACUGGUGACAAUGGGCACAACUUUAUCUAUAAUAUUUACCUUCCGAAAGUUGCUCAAAAGCCUAAUGCCCCUGUGAUCUUCCACAUUUUUAGUCAAAACGGAGGCUAUCUGUUUUAUUAUCUGUGGGAUGCGCUGAAUGAAACUCAGAGGAAACAGAUCAAAGGGUUUGCAAUUGAUGGGUAAGUACGGCUAUCUUUUUAUAAAAAUUGCUUUCAAAAAACGUGGCAAGGAAUGCUUUGACGAACUUUCGAACCUAGAACAAGAGGAUUCUUAUUUUGUUUUGCCACGGAGACGUUGCGAAUUUUAGGUUAUUCUAAAGAGAUGGCGUUAAAACAUACGACCAUUCUCUAUUAAACCUAUAAUCUUCACAAGCACUUAGAGCAGCUCCAUUGUUUUACAAAGUUAAUACUCAAUUAAUCCUUUUUCAGAGCCCCAGCCUAUGCUUCCUGCAACCCCCGCUACUACAUCAACCAACGGUUCUACAUGUGGCCGCGCAGUGAAAAGACAGACCAUAAGUUCUACUUAAAAUGCAUUCCCGAACACAUCCCUCGAGCCGCUCUCUACACGUUUCUGUACUUCUUCGGAUAUUUUGAUCAAUACGCUCCAAAAAUGGCAAAGUUUGAUCUCCCCCAAAAUCAAUUGUAUCUCUGCACAAAGGACGACAAAUUGGUCAAGUUUGAUUACAUCCGGGACUUUGUACUGUCCCAACUGGACAAGGGAAAGAGCGUGACGCUGAAGGCGUGGGACGACGGCGUUCAUUGCGCCCAUUUCAAGACUCAUCAAGGAGAAUACUUUGACUUGUGCGGGGAGUUUGUCAAGAGAAGCCUGGGAGAGCGGCUCUACAAAUGCCAUGUAAAAGCCAAGUUGUAA